CGCGCAGCGUUGGGUAUCCCGAGCAGAACGGGACCCGGGAACACGGGGAAGUGAGGAAGCUGUUCGGGGUAAAGGGGUGGUAAACGGGUGGUGUGCGGUGCAGACCGAGGAGAUCCGGUCUCCCGCGUGCGUUCCUGAGGAGAAACGAGGCUUUCAGGUGUUUCCGGACGGCAGGGAAAAGUUUGCGGAAACUUCGCGGGCGGCCGCGGCGCGCAUCUCGCUGAAUUAAUGUAGGACAAGCGAUAAGAGGUACUCGAAAGCGAGAUAAGGAUGCUCUCGGAAUGGUCCAGCUGUCUCCGGUUUCUCAUCGGCGCGGCCCUCCUCCUCUCCGACGGGUGCCUCGGGAUUCAAAAGUUCGAGGAGACGCCGGGGUACACGGAGGUCAACCCAGGCCAGGACGCAAAGCUCUCGUGCCGGGUGCGUGACAAGCGGGGACAAUGCAUAUGGCAGAAAGACAACAAGCUGAUCGGAAUGCUGAUGAAGAAGUACGAGUGGGCGGCCGCCCCUGACGCGGGGGAUUGUUCCCUCUGGGUUCGCUCUGCGGAUUUAACUUUCGACGACGGGAUAUGGCAGUGCCAGGUUACACUCAGCGACUUUGCCGCACAGGAUGCGCUUACCUCAGAUCCGGCGCGACUCGUCGUACGAGUGAGUCCAAAACGGCCAAUAAUCGAAUACGGACAAAUCGCGAUUCUACCAGGAAGCAACGUGACUGCGCGUGCCGGCGAAGUCGCUCACCUAAGCUGUGUCUCGCGAUAUGGGAAUCCCCCAGCUUUGCUGCGAUGGUACCUCGGCGACACGGAAAUCCGGCCGCUACGGCCGCAGGUGAACUCUACGGAGAAGGAGAAUCCUCGGACGUGGAUGGCGCACAGUGUCGUCGACGUUUUGGCGGAGAGGUCGCGUUACGGUGAGCCGAUACGAUGCGUGGCGUAUCACGCUGCUUAUGCCAACCCAAGUUCAACCCUAGCGACGGAGGUGCGGUUCGAUGUGCGCUACGCCCCGGAGACCCGUUUGGUCGGAGCACCAGGGGGUGGCGUCCACCUAGAGGAAGACAGGGACCGACUGGCCGUCCGAUGCGUCGCCAAUGCGAACCCGCCCGCCUCGAUCCUUUGGAAACGGUCGACGGGACUCGGGGGAGCUACCGAGGUGGUCAGCAGGGAAGAGACCCUGAUCCUCUCUCCGAUUCAGCGAAACCACGCGGGGCGAUACUUCUGCGAGGCGGCGAACUCGGUGGGGGAGAGCAGCCCUCUGUCCCUCCAGAUAUCCAUAAACUAUCCUCCGAAGAUCACAUCGGUUGGUCCCGAGCGUCUGACGACGGCGCUUCUCUACACAGGAGCAUCCUUCGAGUGUUACGCAGACGCGAUGCCGCCGCCGGAAUACAGGUGGUUGCAGGUGUUUCCGGACGGCCGAGAGCCGCAGGUCCGUGGCCAGGGGCAGCGGUUCUUCCUAAACAACGUGACCUACGAUCAGCAGGGACAGUAUAUCUGCUUGGCGUUGAACGUGAUAAACGGCAGCCCCCGGGAGGCGAGGAGCGACCCGGUCUCUCUCCAAGUCGUCGGGGCGCCGAGGGUGGUAAGGCCGGCUCGUUCCGAGACCUCGAUCGUCUCGGCGACGGAAGGAGGACCAGCGCGACUGGAGAUAAGGCUGUGCUCGGAUCCGCGGCCGCGUCUUGUCGCUUGGGAAUGGGGAAGAAUCCGGCUUCACGCUGGCGAGGUCCUUGAGUCCCGGUACCGCGCCCUCGACCUCGAGCCCCUCGCCUUCGCCGAGGAUUGCUACGCAGCGAUCCUCGAGCUGACCAGCACCGCCAAGGAGGAUCAGCGUUUGUACAACGUCACCGUCGAGAACGACCGAGGCAGCGAUCGGCGGACUCUGAUGCUCAGGGUGAACGAGCCGGGCCAGAUUCCUCUGGUGAUUGGUGCCGUUGCCGGUUUCACCGUUCUCUCCAUACUGAUAAUGGGCUUCGUGUGUUUCCUGCGGACCGAGCACUGCUGCUUUGCCCGGAACACGGUGCCGGCACUUCAGCAGGUUCACUGCAGCGGUAAGCAACCGCAGUCGGAGUGCGCCCGGGAGGUCGAGGACACGAGGCUCGGCAUAGAAACGAUGGAACGCACGACGCAGCGCUACGCGCACCAGAAACAAUUACAAGCCCACACUCUGAAGCCCGUAUCUUCUCUCCACUAUCAGCAGUGCUACGACCACGAGCCCCAGCCCCAGCCCCAGCCCCAGUCCCAGCCCCAACCCCUGCAGCCGCAACGACACCAGCGACAUCACCACCGUCAACAUCACGUCAAACAGCCUCUUCACGCUCCGCAGUGCGAGCUGCAGGCCAGGCACUUGGACACUUCGACCAACGACUCGACGACCAGUCUUUGGUAAAUUUUACGAACUCUGAGGAGAAAUUAUGUCAGUCAGU